UUUGUCUGAUUAGACAAUAGAUAAGCAGAGGAUUAUGCAGCUGCUGCAGAGAGAGCGCUUAGUUCCUCUACUCAUGAAAAUGAACCCAUAGCAGGCAGCCAUGGAGUCUCUGUCUCCCUCUGCAACAUUCAUCAUAUCCACAAAAUUCUCACUCAAACCUCGCAAAACCCAGUCCCAAACCCCCACUACGAACCUCAGAUUCCCCAUCUCACCAACCCAUAAGAACCCAUUUACUUUUUAUUCUGUUUCUCACAGUUCUUGUAGUUGUUUCUCAGUUAAAACAUGUGCAGCUUCAACAUCAACAACAGCGACACCUUCCACUUCUCUUCCUAUAUCUUCCACUUCCAGUGACAACCGCCACUGGAUUGUGCUCAUGGAGGCUCCUCCACAAGGGGUGCAUUCGAAACAAGAAGUUAUUGAAUACUAUGUUAAAACCCUUCAAAGUGUUUUGGGCAAUGAGAAGGAUGCUCAAAUGUGUAUAUAUGAUGCUUCUUGGGAUACCCAUUUUGGCUUUUGCUGUGAUAUUGAGGAAGAAACUUCCCGCAAGCUCGCAUGUUUACCAGGGGUUUUAUCAGUUAAGCCUGAUCCGGAUUAUAGUUCUGCAAAAAAGGAUUAUAGUCCACCAAAUGUUCAAUCAGGUUUUAUGUCUUACCCUCAAAGUGGAAAUACUUUCUUAUUUCCUCUUUCUGACACCAAAAGGUGGCUCGUUCGAAUGGAUAAACCCAGCAUUGGGGUUGUAACAAAGGCGCAAAUGGUUGAUUAUUAUGCUCAGAUACUAACAAAGGUCUUGGGGAAUGAGAAGGAUGCACAAAUGUGUAUUUAUCAUGUUUCCUGGCAAUCUAACUUUGGGUUCUGUUGUGAACUUGAUGAAGAGUGUGCACGGGAAGUAGCUGGUGUUCCUGGUGUUUUAUCUGACGAGCCUGACAAGAAUUGGGAGUCGGAGAACAAAGAUUAUGGAGGCCUAUCAUUUUAUACAUCUGAGAAAACCCUCCGGGCAGCAUUUGAAGGCUUUGGUGAGCUUGUUGAAGUUAAAAUAAUAAUGGACAAAAUUUCUAAAAGGUCCAAAGGUUAUGCAUUCAUAGAAUACACCACGGAGGAAGCUGCUAGUGCAGCACUCAGAGAGAUGAAUGGCAAGAUCAUUAAUGGCUGGAUGAUAGUUGUUGAUGUUGCCAAGACUAGCCCUCCAAGAUACAGCAGGAGUCAGAGCAGACCAGCAACCAGAUGAAAGAGAGAGAAGGUUAUAGAGAGAUUUGUCACUAAGAAUUGAAUUAUUUUGUGCCCAGCAUCCUAAAUAUUGACAUUGAGUUCAUAUAAGGAACUUUGUCAGUACCACAAUAUUUUUGCAUUUUCAAAGAAUUGACCUACAUAUUUUCUGUUGCAAUGAUAAGAGCCCAUGGGUAGAACUUGCCCCUAAAAACCGGCUAAUAAGGAAGUGUACCCAAAUGCUCUUAAACCAUCCUAGGAUCUGCUAUUUUUCCAUUAUUUUUCCAAAGUGA